CUUGACUCAGCUCGAGAGUGAUGUAGACGUUGUUGGAUUCCUCGGAGCAGUCUUCGAACGUAAAGACGUGCCAGUGCAUGACCGCGCAGCGGAUCUGGAUCUCUACGUACAGCUGCGUACCCAUCCACAGGAGGUCAGCACCGAUACUCAGCUCGGACCGAAGAAAGAACGCACCUUCGUCAUAGCCAUUUGAUCCUACCACACCGAUGCUGCGGCGGACUGGGCGAGGAACGUGCUUCAUGUUCUCGCCAACUCGAAGCUCCGCCACGAAAACACGCUCUACGGACCGAUGAACGAUGUUCAAAAGGGCUACUUCGACACACGAGCGCAGUUCAGCAUCAUCCCUCAGGCCAAGAUGCGUCUCAGCAAAUACUCCGACAUUGCUACCUUGCCUCCUGGGCUUUUUCCCGGCACUAUCGACGUUCACGAUCCAGAUGACUCUAUCGGCUCCAUCGACAUUCAUGACACACGCACGGCCUACAGCAAGGGCGGCGGGGGACACGAGCCUGGCACGCGAAUACCUGACUUCCUGGGGACACGACGUCAAGAAGCUCGGCAUGUCCCCUUUGGAAUUUGGGAUGGAAAAAGGGAGGAAGAGGAGGAGGAAGUAUUGGGCAGAGAAACCGUCACCGGGCCGACUUUCCCACGCGACAUGUACGUUUCUGGUUUGCAGUUUGGAAGAACAAAGUAACGCGUGCCGAAUACCGUAUCCUAAUGAAUGUGUG